AUGAGUAUUGUGUAUAUUCCCAUACUCUCUACUAAUGGCCGUCUUCAUCUAGAAGAGUCUUUGCCUUCUGUCCUUCAUACUAAAGUCCCAGAAACUGAAUGGUCCGAAAUCAUUCAGAAACUAAACUCUCUUCUUCUACGCCGGAAAAGAACGAGACUUUUACGUCUCUUAACUCUCUUCUAUCUGGGCACUCUCUAUCAGCGUUACAUAGACCACCAAAUAGAUAGAGAAAUUGCGGCAUAUCUAAACAAAAAGAACCUGGUUUUGGAAGUAUAUGGGAUUUCUUUACACCAUCCACGAGAUAGGGCAUACCAGGGAAUGGACGUAUCAGUCUAUCUCAUGACAACAGCCUAUUUUACGGCUUAA